AUGGCCAAUGCAAAUUGGUCAGUGCAAAUUGGUCAGUGCAAAAUGGCCAAUGCAAAUUGGUCAAUGCAAAAUGGUCAAUGGUCAGUGCAAAGUGGUGUCAGUGCACUUGAAAAUCAACAAUUAUGGCAUGCAAUUUCAUACAAAUGUGCGCAAUUUGAUAAGUAA